CAGGAGAGUCAUUGUAUAAUGAAGUUCUGGAGUGUGUUUCAAGCAAUCAUUACAGUUAAAGACUACCCGAUUGAACAGAUGGACGUGCACAAGGAUCUGCUGAAAGCCUCGCGGCUUCUAGGGUCAAUCUGCCGCCGGUGAGAUUGGCGUGCCUACCUUGCUCGAUAGCGCUGUAUCACUCAUUAGCCUGGCCGAUGGGUCAUGUCAUGGAUAUGAUGACAAGGGAACCAAACACUGUCAUCAGCCAGCCGCCAUUCUGCUGUUCUUCGAAAGGCCAAGCGAUAAUAGCCAUUCUUUUCUUUUCUUUUCUUUUUUAGAAAAAGAAAAGCGGAGGUAAUUAGAUUAGUUAUAAAUACAAGAGAGACCUUGACCAAAGCAGCUUGUGCGAAUCGCUGAGUUAGGUCAACAUCAGUUAUACUCCUUCAAUUCCGGCUUUAUAUGAUCAUUUUCCCUGUAGCCUUAAGCGCUUGGCUUCAGGAAAUCUCGCUUUUGAACCCAACCGUCCUGAAUCCCAGCUGCAAGCUCAUCACCAUGGACUCUUGCCAUAUAAUGUGCCAGUGCCCGAACUGUCAUGUCGAGGCUAACCACUGGGUACCUUGCACAUGCCCUUACCCGUCGCCCCCUGAUGAAUCUUCUUCAACACAUGCGUCCCCUAACUCUGUAUCUUACCAUGAUGAGGAGCCUACAACAUCCUCUCCUGCCGCAUUCGAACCCAAUCAAAGUACCAGUGGUCCCGACGAGGCAGUCAACUUCUGUUACGGGGAAUGGUCAAAACACUAUCACGGCUCCCAUACACCAAUGGAUUAUGUAUCACUCAACGUGCUGAUCGACUCCGAACCUCGGGAUACUCAGACAGGAGAUCAUAUCCCCCAUCCGACAUCGGGCACAUCUUCGAAGUCCGCAUCCCCCUCGCGAACUGAAGACAAUCUUUUGACCAAAGAGGCUAAGGGAAUGAGAAGCGCAGCGGAAGAAUUGGAGGAUCUACGUCCUGCAGAUAUAUUCCUUGUUGGAUGUAGGCUGAGCGACAUGAAAUGGAAGAGUAUCCACAACAAAUACAGUGAGAUUUGGGAAGCUAAAGACGAGGGUGCCUUGAGGGCGCGGAUGAAUAGUAUCACAGAUGAGAACCCUGCGAUCAGGGCCCUUCUUGAACAAAAGAUCUAAUAAAAUCUUUAGGGUAAGCUGAUAAGUGUACUACUGUAACUGUAUGGCAAUGGGAUUAAUGGGUUUUCUUUACCGUUUAAUUGUCGAUGGAAACUGUCUCUACUAAUCAUUAUUCGCUGCUUGUAUAGAAAAAUAUAUUUUGUUAGUUAAUCCACCAUGGUGUCCAA